AUGUGGCCAUUCAGAAGCGGAGGACAGACGGCGGAUGGAGCUCCUGCUUCUACUUCUGCCUCGGCCAUUCGGAACGACAGUCCUGCGAGCCCACCUUACUCCUCUGCAGACGCAUGUCCGAUGGACCAUUCCGCUCGCGACGCUUGGCUCAAGCAAUCGCGACGCGAAGGUAACAGCAGCGCUGGCCCUGAAGCGGCUCGACCUCCUGCUGCCAGCUCGCUGUCUGGCAUGCUGAGCUCCUUGCUGCCAACGUCCAAAAGCUCUGCAACCGAGCGUAAAGAGACGCCCUCGUUUCGUGCAGACAGGCAUGACUCAUCGUUGAGUGUCGAGCGCGUUGUGUCGUCUAUACCACGUCUGAGCAGCUCAGGAAGCUCGUGGCUUGAAGGGAGGAGCGAUACUUCGGGGCAGAAUGCCUGCCCGGUGGCCCACGAUGCCACAGCCAGUACCAGCAAGGGAAAGGACAGCUCAGGCCAAUCCGCCCAAGCAGAAGACGCCAAUUGGGUCUACCCAUCGCCCGCCCAGUUCUUUGCGGCCAUGGCUCGCAAGAACCAAAAUCCAAAUGCUGCGGACAUGGACAUCGUCGUGCCGAUCCACAAUGCCGUCAACGAAAGGGCGUGGAAUGAGAUUCUCAAGUGGGAGCAGGGCUGGGAUCCCGCUUCCAAGGACAAGUGUGGAGGUCCAAAGCUGGUCACGUUCAAGGGCAAACCGGGAGAAUUGACGUGGAAGGCCUGGGCGAGAGGCUUAGCUGGGUGAGUGACUUGAGAGGAGAUCUUUGUACGCAUUCAUUUGACAUGCUCAUCUCCGCACUGCUUCCUCUCCCCUUCCCUUUCCACGCAUACACCAGCUACUCAGCACCUUUCGACAGGCACGACUGGGAGGUUGACAGAUGUGGACAUCGCGUUCGAUACAUCAUCGACUUUUACUCAGGUCCCAGAGCCAAGGAUGGUCGUGCGAGCCUAAGCUUCUUCCUAGACGUCAGACCUGCACCAGAUACGCUUCACGGGUGGCUGAUGAGAGGCCAUCGAGCUUUGUUCAGGCCCGACUAG